UCACAAGUUGGACAAGCUCCAUCUGAUCUUUGACCUCAAUUCUGCUCGAAGGUGAGUCUGAUCAACUUGCGUGAUUGGACUGCCUUCGACUGGGUACGAGGUCGAGAUCGUCCACUUGUUGACAAGGCCCGGACUGCCUGGGAGGAAUUUCGUCGUGAUCGCUCUAGCACCAAUGGCUUCAACCAGUCCGAGAUCGCUCCUCUUGCUUGUGCUAGCGGUGGCAGUAGUUGUUUCUGACGCGCAGUUUCAGCUGUCAGAAACGUUCUAUGAUGCCACAUGUCCACAAGCCGCAUCCAUAGUCCAACAGAAGGUGGAUGCGUUCGUGGAUGCCGAUCGAGGACUGGCUGCAGCUUUGAUGCGACUUCAUUUCCACGACUGCUUCGUCCGGGGCUGCGAUGGGUCCGUCCUUCUCAAUUCUACCGACACAAUGUUGACUGAGAAAGAAGCAUUGCUAAACAAAGGUUCGCUGCGAGGAUUCGAGCAGAUAGACGAAAUAAAGAUGGAGCUCGAGUGCGCAUGCCCAGGUGUGGUAUCUUGUGCCGAUAUUUUGGCAUUGGUUGCCCGAGACGCCACUGCUAAGGUUGGCGGCACCAGCUGGCCCGUGUUUUUGGGCCGUAUAGAUGGAGGGGCUUCAUUCGCCGAUGAGGUCAACAGUAGUUUACCUGAACGUACAGACAACUUCACGCAACUCGUCGCCAGGUUCGCCAGAGUUGGACUCGAUGCCAGAGACAUGAUUAUACUAUCAGGAGGACACUCUAUUGGACAAGUUCACUGUGGAGCAUUUUUCGAGCGCCUCUACAACUUCCAGGGACUCAACAUCACCGAUCCCUCGAUGGACCCUGAGUUCGCUGCCAUGCUCAAGGUCCAGUGCCCUCAGACCACGCCCUUCGGAUUCAUGGCUCUGGACGCCACCAACGGCACCUUCGACUCCGCGUACUACUUGGACCUGCUCACGAACAAGGGCCUGCUGGAGUCCGACGUGGCGCUCUUGAGCGACCCUCUGGGCGUGGAAUACGCCAUCAAAGCGGUGCAAGAUCCCAUGGCCUUCCUGGACGAGUUCGGAUGGGCCAUGAUCAAGAUGGGCGCCAUUCCUGCGCUCGAGCCCUACGGCUGGAGAAAACACUGCGCCUUCGUUGAACCCAAAUAUUAGUCGAGUGAUGCAUUGUUUAGAAAAUUCCAUUUUCUGUAAGUAAUUAAGGCUACCGGAUCUCACUCCCGGCGGCCUUCAAUAAGAUGCUUGUUUCUUUCAGGACAGUGAGUAUUGUAGAAUCAAGUAGAUUAGUCAACAAACAUCCGAAUCUGUGGUGCGCCUUGGCUUAAGUCCUAUGUCAUAUUUGCAACUAUAGGAUAACAUAUCACUAGCGAUGGGUGUAGAUACAAAUGAUUUAGAUGAAUCUCAUUCUUUGAAUGAUCCCGAGGCCAACCUUGUGACUACUCCUUCCUGUGUAAUAAAUCCAUUACCAUUGAUUCGAAAGGCA